AACUCUGUCUAUUUUGCCUCCACAGGCAUCUUGGAUAGCGAAGCAUCCCUAGACGCCGACAUCCGCUUCUACCGUUCACGGACCUAUGCUGAAUCAACAAAAGCGACGUACAAAUCCCAGCGGCGGGCGUACCUGCGGUUCUGUUUGUAUCAUCAGUAUGUACCUGUCCCAGCUACAACUAAAACUCUGUGCCGGUACGCGGUAUUUCUAGCGAGAACACUCAAGUACAGCAGCAUCGUCAACUACCUAAACAUUGUCCGAGUACUGCACCAGGAGGCAGGGUUUGGCAACCCCCUGUACAACAACUGGCUUCUACAAACCACGCUGCGCGGUAUUCGCCGUAUCCAUGGUGAUUGCGUCACACAGAAGCUCCCCAUCACUCCGGACAUUCUACGCGCCAUCUACACGCGGCUGGACCUCACUCAGCCCAAGCACGUGGUUUUCUGGGCCACGUGUUUGGUAGGGUUCUUCUCGUUCUUCCGCAAGUCGAACCUUCUACCGAAAACAGCGAACAGCUUCGACCCUGUCAAGCAACUCUGCCGCAAAGACUUCCGAUUCUUCGCGUGGGGCGCAGUGAUCACCGUUCGUUGGAGCAAAACAAUUCAGUUUCGGGAAAGGACGCUCCAGAUCCCGAUUCCCCGUGUUAAUGGCUCCCCCCUGUGUCCCGUAGCAGCGCUGGAGAAAGCGUUCUCCCUGACACACGCGGCAGACCCAGACGGACCAGCCUUUGUUCUGCCCCAGGAAACGGGGCCGCGGAUUGUACCCAUGACGCAUCAAACUUUCGUGACUCUGCUACGGCACUUCCUAGAGUUAUGCGGUUACAACAAGACACAAUAUAGCGGACACAGCCUCCGUCGCGGCGGUGCGACGUGGGCCAGCGACUGUGGUAUACCAGCGACCCUGAUCCAGCUCCAGGGAGACUGGAAGUCAAACGCGUACCAGCGCUACACCACAGUGACUCGAAAAGGCAGACUAUGGACUGUUCGCACCAUGGCAAAUGCCCUCACUUAGAGUAGUACGACUUGUUAAUUUAAUAGAUAGCGCAGGCCUUUGUUCCAAAUUCCUUAAGUCACGACUCCUAGCUAACUCCAUGUACUCUUUCUUUCAUUCAUCUUCUGACUGGGGGUUUGGAGAAAAUUCAUCUGUCAUUUUUAUUGUUUACCAUUAAACAAUGAUUAUACCCCCAGUCAC